AUGGCUGAAGAAGUCUUAAUAACGCCACCAGGGAAAAUAACGUCGCACCUGACUUCAUCUCUGUUGGCAGUAGCGUUCCUCACCUCCUUUGGGAGCUCCAUGCUCUAUGGCUACAACCUGGCAGUGGUCAACUCCCCUGCCAUGUACAUUAAGGACUUCUACAACAGGACGUCAGUGAACCGUAAUGGUACGGGGCUGGAUGGGGAGGCUCUGACCCUCAUGUACUCACUCACCGUGUCUGUCUUUGCCAUUGGGGGUCUACUGGGAUCCCUCAUGGUGGGCAUGCUCGUCACCAGGUUCGGCAGGAAAGGCACAGUGGUGAACUCGACGGUAUUGGUGUUCAUCGCUGGAUCUCUCAUGGGCUUCAGCAGGAUCUGUGGCUCUCCAGAGAUGGUCAUCUUUGGCCGCUUCGUCACAGGGAUCCACUCAGGUAUCUCUCUGAGUGUGGUGCCCAUGUACCUGGGGGAGAUAGCUCCUAAGAACAUGCGUGGUUUCCUGGGGCUCGUGCCCAGCCUCUUCAUUUGUGCUGGGGUCUUCUCGGCCCAGAUCCUGGGUCUACACGAAAUUCUGGGGAAGGAGGAUCACUGGCCCCUGUUUCUUUCUCUGGUGGUGAUACCCACCUUCAUCCAGCUGAUGCUGUUGCCAUGGUUUCCGGAGAGCCCACGAUACCUGUUGAUUGAGAAGCACAAUGUCCACGCCACCAUUAUAGCGUUGAAGUGGUACCGGGCCAAGUGUAACAUCCAGUCAGAGAUUGAGGAGAUGCAGGAGGAGCAGCGCUCUCUGUCGUCGGUGGAGACGGUGUCGGUAUGGCGACUGAUACUGGACCCUUUGGUGCGCUGGCAGCUGCUCAGUGUGGUGGUCAUCAACAUCGGCAUGCAGCUCUCCGGUAUAGACGCUCUCUGGUUCUAUACCAACGACAUCUUUAGGAACGCGGGCAUCCCAGACCCAGAGAUCCAGUACACUACGGUGGGUACAGGAGCCAUUGAGAUCAUUGCCGGCCUCAUCGGGUGUUUUACCAUAGAGAAGCUGGGCAGGAGGCCUCUCAUCAUCGGGGGGUUUCUAGUCAUGGGAUUCUGCUGCGCUGGGAUCACUCUCUCCCUCGUUCUACAGGUUCACUUACCAUUCAUGCGUUAUGUCAGUGUUGGAUGCGUGGUCGGUAUCAUCGCUGGUUUCUGCAUUGGGCCAGCGGGCGUUCCUUUCCUGAUAACGGCAGAGCUGUUUAAACAGUCUCACCGCCCAGCAGCCUACACUGUGGGAGGAUCCCUCAACUGGAUUUCCAACUUCACAGUGGGCUUCGUCUUCCCCUUCCUACAGAUGUCCGCUGGGUCCUACUGCUACCUGGUGUUCUGCUGCGUGUGUCUGGCGGUGGCGGCCUUUGUGUUCUUCGUCAUCCCCGAGACCAAGAACAAGACGUUUGUGGAGAUCAGCCAGAUGUUCGCCUCCAAGGAGGCGGUGCCAGAGACCCAGGGCCUGGGCCAUCCCGACCAGCUCAAACUGAGGAAGAUGAACGGAUACGGAACCCUGGAGAAUGGAUCGCUGGAGUUUGACAGCUCCUCCUCCGUCCCCUGA